CGCCGAGGUGCGCCGAUCGGGAGCGGGGAACAAAGGAGCGGCGUGGGGAGGGGAGCGCGCUGGGCGAGCGAGAGCCCCCGGCCGGCUGCCAGGAGGUCCCGGCAGGAGGAAGCCCAAGUGUCACUUGAAUUCCGCCCAAGAAGCGGGCGCCUGCGAUCCGAGCGCCGGGGCCGCACUCACUGCUGGAGCUCGUCCUGCAAGUUCCCGGAGCGCCCUCCGGGGAGGACAGCCGCUGGCCCCCGGCGCUCCCGCUCCCGCCCGCGCCCCCGACACCCCGGCGGUGCCCCGCGCUGGAAGGGGAGCUCCAGGAUGAAGAGCAAGAAAGGUGUUGUCGCCUCCGGCAGUGAGACCGAGGAUGAUGACAGCAUGGACAUCCCCUUGGACCUUUCCUCUUCUGCCGGCUCAGGCAAGAGACGGAGAAGGGGCAACCUGCCCAAGGAAUCUGUGCAGAUUCUCCGAGAUUGGCUGUAUGAGCACCGAUACAAUGCCUAUCCCUCAGAGCAAGAAAAAGCAUUGCUGUCCCAGCAAACACGUCUAUCUACACUACAGGUCUGUAACUGGUUCAUCAACGCCCGCCGAAGGCUCCUCCCUGACAUGCUGAGAAAGGAUGGCAAAGAUCCAAAUCAGUUCACAAUUUCCCGCCGUGGGGCCAAGAUAUCUGAAGUGAGCUCUGUGGAGUCAGCAAUGGGCAUCAAAAACUUCAUGCCAGCUCUAGAGGAGAGCCCAUUUCAUUCCUGUCCUGCUGGACCAAACCCAGCCCUAGGGAGGCCACUGUCCCCUAAGCCGUCGUCUCCGGGAUCAAUUCUGGCUCGUCCAUCAGUGAUCUGUCAUACCACUGUGACUGCAUUGAAAGAUGUGCCUUUCUCUCUCUGUCAGCCAGUUGGUGUGGGACAAAACACAGAUAUACAGCAGAUAGCAGCCAGCAACUUUACAGACACCUCCCUCAUGUACCCAGAGGACACGUGUAAAUCUGGACCAAGCACAAAUACACAAAGUGGUCUUUUCAACACUCCUCCUCCUACUCCACCGGACCUCAACCAAGAUUUUAGUGGAUUUCAGCUUCUAGUGGAUGUUGCACUCAAACGGGCUGCAGAAAUGGAGCUUCAGGCAAAACUUACAGCUUAACUAUUUUCAAGCAAAACAGUUCUAACAAAUGUUAUGAUUGCCGGGGUGAUGGCAAGAGAUAAAUUGCAUUAUUUUAUAUAUUUUUUUAUUAAUAUUUGCACAUGGGAUUGUUAAAAUGAAGCUUCCUGUUACUGAGAUGUCUUCAAUGGAAUACAGUCAUUCCAACAACUAUAAACUCAAAGCUACUGUAGAAACAAAGGUUUUUUUUUUUUUUUUAAUGUUUCUUGGUAGAUUAUUCAUAAUGUGAUAUGGUUCCCAAGAUUAUGUGAUUCCCCCCUCCCCUUUUUUUUGUUGGUGUUUUUUCAGACUGUGCAAUACUUAGAGAACCUAUAGCAUCUUCUCAUUCCCAUGUGGAACAGGAUGUCCACAUACUGUCUAAUAAAUUUUCAAAUUUUUUUCAAACAAGUAUGAAUCUAGUUGAUUGAUGCCUUUUUUCAUGACACAAUAAAGUAUUUUGUUUAAAA